UGCUGCUGCUGCUACUGCUGUUGCUGUUUGUCGUGGUUGGGCUCAAACAUCGGGCUGCUGCAUUUGGCCUCAACAUCGGGCUACAUACCGGGGUUCUUUCUUCUUUCGGUUCUGCUACUACUGCUAUUGUUACUGCUACUUGUUCCACUUGCUCCUCCGCUCCCUUGGGUGAUCAUCCAGCCUUGCCCACACCACGCAAACGUCUCACCCGGCCGUUUCCUCGCCGCCAAGAUCUCUCGUAUUCGCUUCGGCUUCCCAGCCUUGGUUCAUUGCACGUCCUCAACUCCUCCAGGAUCUGUCUGAAUCGUCUGCCUUGGCUACCCCCGGACAUCAUUCUCUCGUACUUUGCAGCCGCUUCCAUCUUGAGUCCGUCGGCCAUCACAAUACCCCCAACCGUUCCCGUCCAUUCUGCAUACCUCUCGGGCUGAAUGUCCGUCCUCGUCAACAUGCCCGUGCUCGACUAUGACCGCCAGGAGUUGUUGGGUACAAGAACACUCCCUGGCUCAUCCUCUUUCUCGGUUCUCGCCGGCCCCGAUAGAGAGUACUGGUCCAAGACAGCAACUUACCGUGAUAACCCGGCCAGCAGCAGAAGCAGCGGCUCUACCGUUUCGACAAUGGCCUCGCUGGCGCUGUGCAUUGGUAGUGACGACAGUAGCGGCAGCUCUGCAUUUGUGAGCCCAGAGCCCAGCCCAAUGGCGCUGGAUCUGCCUGAUGUAGAUCGACCACAGGCCAAAAGCAGCGAGUCGCUCUGGGAGGCCGAUGUUGACACACACGCCAGCGAAUAUGCUGCCGAGAUCCUGGAGUAUAUGCUGCAGAAGGAGGCCGAAACCAUCACCUCACCUCUCAUUCUCAAGCAUCAACCUCAGCAGAGCUGGAACAUUCGCGCAGACACCAUUCUCUGGCUGAUCCGGAUCCAAAAGCGGCUUUGCUGGCACGACGAAACCAUCCAACUGGGGGUCAAUCUGUUGGACCGCCUGAGUGCAAAGUGGCCGCUUGAUCGGAACAGCUAUAUUGUUUCUGGGCUGUGCUGCCUGUGGAUUGCAUCCAAGUACGAAGAGAACUAUGCCACCGUGCCUCGGGCAGCAGCCAUGGCAGAGCUCACGGCUCAUUUUGUCGAUCCAAAAGAGCUCAACCGAAUCGAAGUCAAAGUUCUCAAUGCCGUCGCUUUUGUCCUGGGCCAUCCGACACCUGAGGCCUUUCUCCGGCUCCAGUGUCGAUACGGACAUCUCGACAUAAGCCCCGAGACAAAGGCCCUGGCUGGCUUGCUGAUCGACCUGUCUCUGAUCCGACCCGAGUUCUUGGGGUUCCUAUCCUCAAAGGUCUCGUCGGCGGCGCUGAUCAUGGCCGAUGCGAUUGUCCGCCGAGCCGAGCGACUGUACUCGCACGACGAAGAUGUCCUCAAGUUGAUGCGCCUCUUUGACGGUGCCAUCGCAGCCGAUAUCCCCAAGGAGAUUCUCCGGAAGUACUCCACCUGCCAGUAUCAUGGCGUCGGUGUCAAGAUCAAGUCGUGGCUGGCAUACAGAUCGAUCCACAGACUCCCCUUGACCCCUCCCAAGAGCCAGGCGGAAAUCCUGGAGCACUGGGAUGCCUGCCGUCGCCAGUUCUCGCACAUGUCACUCUCCCAAAACCAAGAACGUCUGCUGGUGCCAUUUUGGUCGCUGAUUGGUGCGGCGAAGCCCCAGAGCUCGAUUAUCGGUGUCAGCUCCAGUGCCCAUACCAGCGCCUAUGCCAGUGUCAAUGCCAGUGCCAAUGCAACCCAGCGGGGGCGGCGACCUCGACCCUCGAUUCUGCCGAACGACCCUGGCAAUGUCUACUCGCCCUGGCUCGCCGUCCAGCAUCCGAGUCAGCAGCGCGGCUGUGGUUCUGGCCCACAGUUUACCCAGCAAGACUUUUGCCCGCCUAUCCAUCACUACGGCGACCAUUCCCAUGGCAGCCUCAAGCAACAGCAGCAGCAGCAAAUGUACCGGCAGCAGCACUUGCAACUACAGCAGCACGAUGUUCCUGGCUUCCAGAGUCAGCAGCCCAAGUUCAAUGGCUAUCCGCAGACGCAUCGACAAAGCUUGAUGGAUAGCCAGCUGCACAGCAUGCUCCAGAGCCAGGUCCAGAGCAACUCCCAGGCAAGGGCAGCCCGAAUGACGCUGGGCGGGCCAUCAUCGGCCUUUGCGGAGAGCCGGGAUCUGCGGGGCUUGCAAACACAGCCACAGUCCUAUUCUCAGCUCCGUCAAGGCGUCAACGAAUCCCGGCCGCAGACUCAGACCCAGAUCCAGACCCAGACCCAGGCCAAAACCGGCCCCUCGGGCUACCACACGGUGCAUUCGUCGCAGCUUUAUCACAACCUACUUUCAAACGUUGGGAUCUUUUGGCCGCAAAAGAGUGAAGCCGUCAUGCAAGGCGAUGUCCUGGGGUCGUCCGAUCAGCCUGGCCCAUCGUCGCUGUCAUCGCAAGAGUACCACCAUCCCGGCAGCCUCUCGCUCCGAGGGCCAAGGCCCGACGCAGCAGCCCAGACCCGCAUGGAGGCUGGUUCGAAGCUCUCUGUCGGUCGACGAUCGGGCAAGUCACUUCUGCGCCCCGUCCAGAUGAUGACCCUGCACAAAACGGUCCGCCACCCCUCCGAGGCCCACCCAGCAGCCAACCCCUAUGACCUCCGUGCUCGGCGGCAGCAGUUGCUCCAGCAGCAACAGCAGCAGCUCCAGCGGCAGAUGCAGCGCGGGACAGCAAGCUUGCAGCCGCCUCUGACCAUCCUGGAGCAGAACCAGAGGGACUUUUUCUGUCUCUGAGUGCGCUCCAACCAGAGACCCAUGGGACCUGCCCCGCCACCAUCGCCAUGAACGGGCUGGCAUGAUCUCCCACGGCCGCCUCCGGUGAAUCUGUUUGUCUACCAGCUGGAUACUGGAACUGCUUCACUCUGCGUCCGGCCGCAGCGACAGCUAUAGAGGCAAUGCUCGGGCUGCUGCCACAGUCUGUAAUUCUAAUGACCUUGAGGUCUCCCUCCACUUGAUGCAUUGGUUUCUCGAGCCCGCCUGUAUCCUUGGCGCCUGUACAUUGGCCGCAAUAAGAGUUGCUGGAGCCAACCAUGUCUCCCGCCAAAUCCAAAAGCC